CACCGUCAUCAACAACAGCCAGUCAGACACCUCGGGAGUUUUCUAGCCGAAACAAAACCGAAACAUUAGAGCUCUUGAGACGCUUUCAGUGUAUAUCAUUCACUGUGUUUUAAAACAAAUUUCGGUCGUAUAGAUAGUUACCUCCCCCCCUUCCAUUUAAUUUAAUAUGUACGUUACUAAUCAGCAAGCUGAAUAGCUAAAAUAGCCUAGCACUAGGCUAGUCGCACGUGUUAACUAGCUAUUGUAUUUAUUUUACCAGGUAGUUAGCUAACAUCCCCGAACAUGAGCUCACUAAACUUCUCUCCUCCUGUUAAAGAAGAGGAGGAUGUCUGCCGGACGGAGAAAGAGGGUCUGUGGCUGAACCAUGUCGUGAAAGAGGAGGAAGAAGCUCUGGUCAAAGAGGAGGAGGAAGAGGAGGCAGUUACAAUACAACAACAAGUAGAGGGUGAGACUGUUGCCGUGAAAGAGGAAGAGGAAGACGUCUCAGUUAAAGAAGAGGAAUACGAGUUCAGAGUGAAAGAGGAAGAGGAAGAUGUUACGGUAAAAGAAGAGGUGAUGGAAGUUACAGUGAAAGAAGAGGAAGACGAGUUCAGAGUGACAGAGGAGUUUACUGAGGAGGAAGACGAGUUCAGAGUGACAGAGGAAGAGGAGGUUGUUACUGAGGAGGAAGAGGAAGACGAGUUCAGAGUGACAGAGGAGUUUACUGAGGAGGAAGAGGAAGACGAGUUCAGAGUGACAGAGGAGGAGGAGGAAGUGGAUGCACCAUUGAGAGCAUCCUGUCGGGCUGUAUCACAGCUUGGUACGGCAACGGCUCCGCCCACAACUGCCAGAGGGGGGCGUGGUCUGCCCAACGCAUCACCGGGGACAAACUACCUGCCCUCCAGGACACCUACACCACCCGAUGUCACAGGAAGGCCAAAAAUAUCACCAAGGACAACAGCCACCCGAGACACUGUCUGUUCACCCCGCUAUCAUCCAGAUCAGGAUGCCGUGUUUGGAGUGAAGGAGGAGGAGGGAGUGAUAACUGAGAGAACUCCGGUGCGCUCUGCAGUGCGUUCCUGUCCGCUUUGCCCUAAGGUUGUGGUCGGCUUCAGCCAGCACCUGAGGCACACGCACAACGUGAGGAACACGGAGGAGAGGAUCCUCCUUUGUAAUUGGCAGUCGGGCCGUGUCAACAUCAGGCAGGAGCCGUGCCCAGUGACGGGAUGCUCCGCCCACGCCAGCCGGCUGGACCGGCACAUGGAGUCGCACACAGAGCUCGACAGAUCGCAGAGGAGACGAGCUUUAGGGGAACUCAGGAGACGGCUGACCAUGGAGCGGCUGGCCGCGUUGAGGGCGUCCAACCCUGUCGUCCCGCUGGCCACCCAUUUGGAUAUUGCGGAAACAAAGCAGGAAGAGGAGGAAGAGGAGGAAGAGGAGGACGUGAGCUGCGGAGAUUAUUCCUGCCACUGCCAGGCGCCCAUCCUGAGGCUGCGGAAAGCUUUGCAAGAGCGCGAUGAGGCCCUGACCAAGAGAAGUGCGACAUUCCAAUCCCUUAGAGAGGACAACCUGAAGCUGACCUCUGAACUGAAUAGAGCGAGGAAGAGGUAUCAGCUACUGAAAAGGCAGAAGGAGACGAGUGUCAGGGCGAGGUCAGCGAACGCGAGGUCAGGGAAGACGAGGUCAGGGAAGACGAGUGUCAGGGCGAGGUCAGCGAACGCGAGGUCGGGGAAGACGAGGUCAGCGAAGAGGUCCAGGUUUCAGACCGCGUCAGACACAGAACAAGAGGAGCUACAGCAGGACCAAGUCGUAGGUUCAGGAGCCCAGAUAGAGGAGGCCACGGCGCCCAAAUCUAGCAGCCAAACUCCCUUCCCGGGCUCUGCUCUGAGUGUGUUUAUAGAGGGGUUCAGGAAGAUCUGUGAAGGCCCCAGUCCAAACAAUAAGCUGAAGCAAAACUGUGUCGCGAAGCUCAAGAGUGUGCUGCAAUUUUUGAAGUUCAUGGCGAAGGAUGAGAAAUAUCCAUCCACUCUCAGUUUCCUGGCACACCGGGACAACAUGAGGAGAUGGUUUCAGACCCUUCAGCAGAACAAGGCCGUCGCCACGGUCAACCACUACACCUCGACUAUCGGUGCAUUUCUCCAAUACUCCGAGGAGACCCCUCCGCCCGGCUGCCGGCUGACCAAAAACCACUGGAAGGACAUCAACAGGGCCAUGAAGGAGAUCAACAAGUCAGUGAAAGGAGCCGUCUCCAACCAGGAAGGCAAGGGGGUGUCCACAAAGAGCCUGCUGGAGUGCAAGGGGGUGUCUACAAAGAGCCUGCUGGAGUGCAAGGGGGUGUCCACAAAGAGCCUGCUGGAGUGCAAGGGGGUGUCCACAAAGAGCCUGCUGGAGUGCAAGGGGGUGUCCACAAAGAGCCUGCUGGAGUGCAAGGGGGUGUCCACAAAGAGCCUGCUGGAGUGCAAGGGGGUGUCCACAAAGAGCCUGCUGGAGUGCAAGGGGGUGUCUACAAAGAGCCUGCUGGAGUGCAAGGGGGUGUCUACAAAGAGCCUGCUGGAGUGCAAGGGGUGUCUACAAAGAGCCUGCUGGAGUGCAAGGGGUGUCUACAAAGAGCCUGCUGGAGUGCAAGGGGGUGUCUACAAAGAGCCUGCUGGAGUGCAAGGGGGUGUCUACAAAGAGCCUGCUGGAGUGCAAAGGGGUGUCUACAAAGAGCCUGCUGGAGUGCAAGGGGGUGUCUACAAAGAGCCUGCUGGAGUGCAAGGGGGUGUCUACAAAGAGCCUGCUGGAGUGCCAGUCUCUUGCCAAGGACAAGAUCCCCCAAGUGCUGAAAACCUUGGAAGAAACAAUGACCCAGAGGAACCAGAACCGAUUUUAUGGAUUCCUGUGUGCCUAUUUCACCUCCAUGUACGGCCACAGCCCGGGCCUUUAUAGAAACAUGAUGGUGAAGGAGGUGGAG